UGUCAAAUUAACAAGGAUAGAGAGGAAAAGUGAAAAUGUAAAGAAUUGCGUGAAAAAGCGGAAAAGGGGUUGGAAAAUUUGAUUACGCGACUGGCUGCAUCGUGAAAAUGGAAGGUGAUAAGUUCUUGAUGGCGGCUGGCGUGACGGCGGCGGUUGUUGUGGGUGCGUUUGUGUUUUGGGGCCCUUCAGGAGCAUCACGCGUGCGCCAACGACGAGGUCAAAUUGCCGGCCUCCACAACUUUGGCCGAACGUGCUUCCUGAACGCCCUGCUUCAGGCUUUGUCUGCCUGUCCGCAGUUUAUCGGCUGGCUGCAAAUCUCCAGUGCAAAUGACAAGAGGAGCCUCGUUUCGAGUCUCCUGAGCACACUAGAAAUUAUCAACGGCACACAUCCAUCGCUUCGCGGUGAUCCGCACUCGCCGGGGUCCGUAAUUCGCGCCUUGACGACGCUUGGCUGGGUCAUUCCUCCCGAUGAACACGACGUCCAUGAACUCCUGCAUGUGAUGCUGACAUCGCUGGAAGAGGAGUUGGUAAAGCCAAAGAAAAUGGGCUGUCUCUCAGACGCUCUGGGCCAGCAGCUGCACGUGGACAUCCCACAAGCUCGUCCCUCCAGUGCCAUGCUCUCUGACUUUGAUAAUCCCGAGUACAACGAGAUGGCCAAUCUCAUGCGCCACACUCGCUCAGAAGCCCACACUCCCGAUUCCCCACAUUCCACCUGCACAGACAUCGAUGACUCGGUCGAUACGUCGCUCCUAGACGAACAGCUGGCUUCUCCGUCGAUGAAUUACCGCAUGAGCCGAGGCGGAGGCACUGGACAUGAAAGCGCCCUCGGCGGGAGUCUCAGCAAAAGGAUCUCAAUGUCCUAUCGAUCGCUGGAUCGUCUCAAUCGUGGCCCAGGCCGCGUGUCCGUAUGGAGCGAUCGCACCAGCAUUCAGGUGCCGCAUCCCUUUCGCGGAGCCCUCAGCAGCCAGAUGACAUGCUCGGGUUGUGGCUUCAAGUCUGUCGUGCGCUACGACAAGUUCGACAGUGUGACUCUACCUUUGCCUGAGGUGAGGAAUCCCGGACUAAGUCUGGGCCAUUUGCUGUCUGAGUUCAUAGCGCCGGAGACGCUGACUGAUGUGACGUGCGAGUCCUGCAAUGAGACCACGGUGCACACGAAAACGCUGACUUUCGCCAAGCUGCCGGCAUGUCUGUGCGUGCACAUCUCGCGGUGCACGUGGCUGCAGAUGGGCGGACAGGUGUCCAAGCGGCAGGAUUACGUACACUUCCCUGAGAGUCUCUCAAUGGCACCGUACAGCUUCGUUCAGCCGGGCCUCAGCAGUCAGAUGAGUACGCCCUGGGGCUCCACACUGUCGCUGCUGUCCAGCAGCUUCCCCACCGGUGGCGGUGAUACUCCCACCGCCUCCACGCCCUACAACUUCGGCUCCAUGUUCCCGCGCAACCUGUACCGCCUCUUGGCCGUCGUGGUACACUCAGGCGAGGCUAGCUCCGGCCACUACGUCACGUACCGCCGCGGCGCCCUCCGGAACGCCCAUAAGUGGUACUUCACGUCGGACACGGUGGUACGCGAGGUAUGCAUUGAUGAGGUGCUCAGCGUGCCUGCUUAUUUGCUCUUCUACGACCGCGGACCGCAGAAGUGCCACUAAAUCUCUCAUUUGCGCAUUUUCACUUCGUGCUGGACAGUGUGAUACGUUUGGACGACCCCAUAGAAUUCCCAAAGGCAUUUAAAUAGCAUAUUCUCGAUGUUGUGUCAUGUGUAGAGGUUGCAGAUUCAUUGCAAGGAAUAAAAUUUUAUUUUAGAAUUUC